AAUCUAAAAAACGGUGUUUCUAAUUUCCACGGAAUAAGAAUAAAGAAACGGUGAUUAUGGUGAGGUAUUCGGCCUUUUACUGUUGGGAAAUGUCCAGCGCAAUCGAAGAGGAAGUUAAUGAGUUUGGUCUCACAAAGUUAACUCACAAUGUGUGUGUUCAUGCUCCGAGUCAACGAAGAAACCUUUAUAUGGUAGUUCAACUGCUAGAAACAGCAACAAGACCUACCUUAAAUUACAUUUGUUCUUAAAAGGGAACCCAAAAAGUGUAAGAGAUAAUGUUGGGACGGUUUGAGCGAUAAAUCUGUGACUUUACAAUUAGUAAUAUAUCUGUUCAGGUUCCCUCGAAACCUUUCCAUCGUGGUGUCUAUCGAUUAAAGUAGGUAAAAGUUGAUUGCAGCUUCACGAGAUUUACUCGGAGACAAAGGUUUGACUGUUUAGUCAACAUCAACAAAUUUAGUAAUUAAGUUCUGACACAAUUUCAGUUGAGGUCAGGUGCGUGCGUGUGUGCAGGAUCGUUUUAAUCCACAAAUUACUCUAUGGAAACCUUUCAUUAACCGACGUCUCCCUUUUAUUGUUGUUGCUACUCGGGUUCACAGAAAUAAUUAUAAUAUUAAUUAUGAAUAAUAAUAAUAAUAAUGAUUAUGCUUAAAAAAAAGUAUCGAACUUUUUAUGUAUAUUGAUUCGGUUAAAGUAAGAAGCUAUGAUUUCGAAAAUAAUAUUUACUUUUAUUGAUUGCGUUUGUGGAGUUGUAAAGAGAGAGUAAGGUGGACGACCUGUUGCAGAUAUAAAUAUCAUUUGGUAGGCUGACAGACAUAUGUUCAGGUGUGGAAGGUAAUGACAGCUGAGACGAAAGCUUUUUAAAAAGUUUUGAAGAAGGUAACCUCCCGCCAACCGAGAAGUAAAGUUUUACACUUCUUCGUUGAAUGCCAUGUCUUUAAUUUUCGUGUUGACUAUAUUAGGCUAAAUUCACUUCCAUUGUCAGCCCAUACUUUAUUAGACGAACACUGCUACCUCCUCCGUCCCAUGAAAAUCUUGCCUAAUAAUCCCAAUCCGUUUGAAAGUGUAACUACUUUCUAGUUCAAUAACAGAAUUAGGAGAUUUUAUUGUGAUUUUUCUCGGUCCUGAACAGGUGCUAUGUCUUCAAAGAAGGAAAGGCGAACGAUACUCGCUUCUAUUUGGUCGCAACCGACAGUCCACGAAUUGGAUUUUUUCGACAAGGGGAAAUAUCUGGUUGUGACUUCAACCUACAAAGAUAUCAUAAAGUGGUGGAUGAAUGUUCUGAAAGUAUUCUACCCACAGGAGACCUAUCGAGAGAAAGGAGACCUCAUCAAGUUGAAGCCAGUUAGUGGGGUCACUUUACGCCUCAAUAAAACUUCGGGAGUGAUGAGAAUCGAAGGGAAAAACCAUUGGGUUUGGUUUGUCGAUAAUUUUGCCAACAUCCUGGAACAAGGAAAUGUUGAUGCCGAGUCACUUGCUGAACAAUCGGAUACAUCUGUUACAAGAUAUUUACAUUUGGAUAAAAACCUCGACGAGGUUCAAGAAUUCAUUGAUAUGAUUCCAGAAGGUGGUGGCAUCAUGUGUCAUGAUUUUAUCUUACAACUUUGGAAAUGUCUGCUGGAUGAUUGGUUUGGAGUUGGUGCCACUGUUUAUAUUGUGACACCACAGAUUGACCCGGAACGCGUGUUCAGCAUAUAUUUACUAAUGAUAAGGAAUAAAGGAACUGGCUUUAAUGUAACUCUGUUGACACCAGAGAAAGGGCCAGAUCGUUUCAGUAAAGUUCUGGAUAUAGCCAAGCAGUUGAUGAAAAAGACUCGAACAUCAAGACAUACCUUGCUUGUAUCUGAUGUAAAACGCGAGUGGGUUACUAACAAAUUAACAAUUCGCCAUGAAGAAUUCUCCACUAAUUUCAUAGCUGCCUACAAAGACCACGAAGCAGAAGUGUUGACAACAACUGCUUAUUUCCACAAAAGUCAUUUUAACUUUAACCUGAAAGAUACAGUCACAUAUAAUAAGUUACCAACAUCUGAAUUACGACGUAACUAUCUUCUUCCUUUAGGGUUUGGAGAGAGAAAUUUUUGAAUUCUGGUUACUAUUCUCUUUGUGAAUUUGAGCAAUUUUUGGUAUUCUACCAGGGACAUUAGAAUAAGGAACAAAAGUUUCCAGUUUUGAGAAGACAUUCCAGAUAUAAAUUCACCAACACUGCUGGGUGUGUUUAACUUUCAUUUCCUUUGACCAUUGCUCAAGGUUUGAUAAUUAUGACAAGUGAACUAUUUGUAAGAGCAAAUUUUGAGGUUGAAAGAACCAAAAUAUAUUGUAACUUAGGGUUUCAGCAACAUGGAAUGAAUGAAUCCCCAUAGAGGAAACUGUUUCACCCAUCAAAGGAAGAUUUCUCAAGAAAAAUUUGUUAAGGGCAGUGCUGUAAUGUCUGUUUCUCCUGUCUUACUAAUCAAACUCGAUUUCUGUGUGUGUCUAAUUUAUUUGCUCAGUAUUUUUAUUUCGAUAUGCAAAUGCUGUAUAUAUAUAAACGAAACAAUGCAAGCAUGGAAAAGCAGCUGUUAAAAUAAUGACGAUUCAGGAUUUAGUUUCUAUUCUUGCUCCACAAUGAAAUCUUUCAUCUGCCAUCAUUUUCAGGAAGUUUGUGACUUGAAAAACAAAAACUUGGGGACAUCUUCUGUACUUACAAAGCUGCACUGAGAUUAUCAUUUCAAUAAACCUUUGGUGAAAUAUGCUGAUAAUAAAGAAAUAUUUCUAUUU